UAGAAUUUAUUCUUCCUGCACAUACUUGUUUUCUUAAAUGAAAUAUCUUGGUUACUUUCCCACCCUGUAUUUUUCUUGGUCCUUUCUCUGGGUACCAGAAAUCUGAAAUCUUGAAGUUGGAGGAAGUUGUUCAAUCUAGAUUGAUUAUUUUUUUUUUGUUGGGGUUCCUGCUGUUUGGAUACUCUCCACAAGCACAAGAAUAAUGCAAGCAACUGAAGCUGCCACCAAUGGAGUUGCUCAGGCUGAUGUGCAAACUGUGGAAGCCUCAAAUGAGAAAGUUUCAAAACCAGGAGCAAGUGGGAAGCGGUCUGAUCUUUCGCUUCAAGUACCCCCUAGACCACUAGGAUUUGGUGGUGGUAGUCGUAGUGGAAAGGGCUUACUCCAGUCUCAAGGUUCCUAUAAAGGUGCUUCAUCAUCAGGAGGUUUCUUGCGUGGCUUAAGCUUCAAGAAGAAGGGUGCUUUACCUGAUAGUGAGAGAAGCUUCCUCCUCAAUUCGGACUCCAAGGCAACUCCAGAAAAUCCUAGUUCCUCGUUUUCUUGGCAAAGAUGUGCGUCCCUUCCUGUUACUCAUGCAUCAAACUUGUCACCCUCGGUUUCUAUGCCUUCUUCUGCAAGAACAUGUGCUGAACAGCAAAAAUCAAAUAAAGGGGCAGCAAAUGCUGUGGUCUCAAGGUCCCUGUCUGUGCCUGGGCGAAAUAUGGUCAUAGUAAGAUCUGUAUCUUUUGAUACCCGUAAAGAUCAUGUUCCAACAGAUGAUAGUGAUGAUCAAAUAGUUUCUGUUCCAACAGAAACUAAUGAUGAAGAGAUUCCUGAAGAGGAAGCUGUGUGCAGGAUCUGUUUUGAUGUAUGUCAAGAGGACAAUACGCUCAAAAUGGAGUGCAGCUGCAAAGGUGCCCUCCGACUCAUGCAUCAAGACUGUGCUAUUAAAUGGUUUAGUACAAGAGGAAACAAGAAAUGCGAAGUUUGUGGGCAAGAGGUUCAGAACUUACCUGUGACACUGCUUCGGGUGCCUAGUGCUGCUCAAGUGGGUGACAGACACAACCAAAAUCAGCAGAAUACACAAGCACAAUCUUUAAGACAAUGGCAGGACUUUGUGGUUCUUGUCUUAAUAAGCACAAUAUGCUAUUUCUUCUUCCUGGAGCAGCUACUGAUUCAAAAAAUGAAGACCCAAGCAAUCAUCCUUGCAGCUCCAUUUGCACUGACCCUUGGCCUCUUAGCAUCCAUCUUUGCUGUCAUCCUUGGUAUAAGUUGAUUCUCUGAGAUCAAAAUUUCCUGUAUGAGUUGUGUUUCUCUAAACAUUGGCUUUGAUUUGACUCACAGCUAUCAGGGAGUACAUAUGGACAUAUGCAGCUCUUGAGUUUGCACUAGUGGCAAUUAUCGUCCACCUAUUUUAUUCUCUGGUGAGCAAUGUUAUCUAGCAAUUUGAUGAUAAAAUAUGCCACUUGCAUCAUUCCAUGCAGAGGCACACAUGCCAGCAUGUUUGUCUGUAUAUAGUUGUUUGCUGUGAUCACAAAUUGUCAUUCUUGUUAGAAUGGAUUAAUGGAAGUCGAAUCAUUAUUCAUGCCUGAAUUUGUUUUUUCUCAUUGGUAUAUGGUAGUGGUUAGGACACUCCUGGAAUCUAGCCCCUUUCUUAUGAUCCAAGGCUCAGCCUAGAGAAAAUUGGAGGUCAACUUUCCCUUUUAGGGUUAAGGAUAGUCUCAGGCUCAGCCUAGGGGUUUGUCUCAUCAGUAUAUGGUAGUAGUUUGCUCUGCUUGUUGAAAAUCAUGCUGGAAACCAGCUUCGUUAAUCAG